UUGCAACAAACUGUUCCAACUAAAGACAUGAAAAAAAUCAUUAUUUCACAAUAAUGAUUUGGCUUUAAAACUCUGCUGUUGCUACCAAUCGUUGUUUAUUAUAAGGUCCCCUUUCUAUCUUCAGACAUGAGUCUGUCUAAUAUAUUCAUUUUUUUGAUCCUCAUUCCUCUAACUUUCCCUCAGGCCAUCACACAGUCAGCGAGAAGGAAGGACUGCGUGUGCGAUCUAAAAAAUUCAGAUGCUGUUUUCCCUAUGAAUAAACUAAAGAAAGUAGAGACUGAUGCCUUACAAUGCACUGGAACCAUCACUUCAGAAAAGAUGACAGAAUUAGACAGACUUGUGCUGGGUCUACAACAACGCAUCAAGCAGCUGGAGGACAACGUGGUCAUGCUUGAAAAGGAGGAUAACAAGAAUAUUUAUGGGGCCGUGUCUCUGCGCAUCAUCGAGUUAGAGAUUGCCGAGAUUCAGGACCUCGUCGACAAACUCAACAGGACCACCAAAAAUUACCAGCAUCUCAGUGUACAGACUGCAGCUCAGCUUGAGGAUAUGAAAGACACAAUGGUGGAGCUGGAGAAGUUUGACAACAUGCUGGUGAUAAAGAAAGAUCGAGAGAACCAGCGCAUUAAGAGGGAACUGGAACAGUGUAAAGAAGAGAUCAAGGCCACGGCACCACCUCCUACAGUUCCCCCAGCCCGCUGUGGUCUGGGUCGUUUGGUCAGUGUGGCGGGACCUAGAACGUAUUCCCUCACGGUAUACAGCACCUCCUAUCCUUACGGUGCUUGGGGUCGAGAUGCAAAUCCUGCUCCAGGAGACGAGAACAAGUACUGGCUGGUGGUGCUGUCAAGUAGUAAUGUGUAUGGUCACUUUGUCCGCCAAUACGGUACUUUGAGUACUCUUUUAUUAGGUAUAGGACCAAAAGAUACUUAUAUAUCAAGCUCCAACCCCGCAACAAACACAAUUCAGGGCUCAAACAUGGUCAUGUACGGCAAUAUGCUCUACUAUAACUGUUACUACACAUACUCCGUCUGUCAGUUCAACAUGGCGACUCGUGCUGUCAGUACUGUGGCUUUACCUAAAGAUGCAGGUUACAACAACAAGUUUCCUUUCGCACACCUCGGCACCACAUACAGCUAUACAGAUAUGGAUUUUGCCACAGAUGAAUCAGGCGUCUAUGUUAUAUACGCAACCACAAGCAACUUUGGAAAUGUGGUUAUCAGUAAAGUUGAGACUAGCAACCCGCCAGCUUUGAACCAAACAUGGUCCACUUCUCUUCACAAAAGGACCGUCACAAACACCUUCAUGGUGUGUGGUGUGCUUUAUGCUACUCGUUACGUGAAUACAGAAACAGAAGAGAUCUUUUACUCUUAUGACACCAAAACCAAAGUAGAGCGAUAUGAUUUGAAAAUUAAUAUUAAGAAGAUGCAGACUAAUAUUGAGUUUCUAAACUAUGACCCCAGAGAUCAUCUGCUGUAUGUCUACAGUGAUGCCUACAUUCUAACUUAUGAGCUCAUCUUUCAGUAAAUCUCCAAUGAACUUGAUUUGAGACAUGAGAGUAUGGCUGCAUCCCAUUUCACAUACUGUCUGUACUAAAUAGCAUGCAUGAUUAGAAUUGGUACAUUGCAAAUGAUUGUACGUAUCGUAAAGAUAGAAAAUUUUAAGUGUGUAUUUGCAGGGUUUUUAAGCAUGAACCCAAUUAACUUUAAGAUAAUUAAGUUAAAUGCUAAUGCAAAACAAUGAAUCUAUUGGUUGCUAUUUAUUAGUUUUUACAUUUAAAACUAACAGAUUACAACUACUUUCAAAGGGUUUGUGGUAUCAGUAAAAUUUGGUCCCACUUUAUAUUAGGUGCCUUUAACUAAUAUGUACUAAUAUUUAAAUUAAUCGUUUGAUACAAUACACUUAUUGUGUACAUAUAUGUUUUCACAUUGUACUUAUAUUAUACAUUUACAUUUAUAAUUACCCCAUUUACCCUUCCCUUACCUCUUAACCAAACAAUGCCACCAAACCUGUCCCUAAACUUACCCGUAUCUCACCUCAUUAGCAGCAAAAGUGUUUUGCAAUACAAUAUGAACAUAACUACAUUGUACUAAUUUUUUGAGGUAAGUGCAUAGUAGGUAACGACACCUAACAUAAAGUGUGACCGGAAAUUGUAUUGAAUUUUGUAGUAUUAUGUGCAAUUGCUAGUGUCAUCUUAUUAUACAUUCAAAAAUAUAUACAUUCCCAUCACCAGUGAAAUGUGUAAAUUUACUAUAUAGAAGUAUGUUAACUGAAAUGCAGCCUAUGGAUUCUUUUCACACUGCAUACAUCUUUACUGCUUAGCUUUGUUACAUGAGGUGAAGAAAUUCACAAAUGUAUUGCAAAUUUUGUUUCUUGAAAUAAAUUACAGCAAAGUCUA